AUGGCUUUUGAAUCUCACAUUCGCCGUGGUCACCCUAUAAUUUUCUCUCUCCUCGCCCUUUUUGGCAUUAUCGAACUCGCUCUUUCCGCCUGGCUCACUGCGCGUUUCGACAGAUUUCACGAUUACUCUGACACUUCCGAACGAGACCGUGUCCGGUUCACCCUAUUCGCUUCCAUCUGGACUGUCGUCUCCUCUAUCCUUUUCGGUGUUCUGUUCACGGUGCACUCGACUGCUAGCGCUGCGACUAGUAUCAUAUCGCAUGUUGUCUGGUCGGUGUUGAGUUGGAUCAUAUGGACGGCUGCUGCUGCGGCGGUUACGGAGAUGUUGGGCGGAGGAUUAAAUUGUAAUGAUGUGACCGGGUUCAAUUAUUGUGGACAGUUGAACGCGUUGGAGGCGUUUGCUUGGAUCGAGUGGAUCUUGACCACCUUUGCCGUUAUUGUGGUGCUUAUUUGUGCCAUCAGUGCCGCUAGAAGAGGAGAUGGAUACCGUGGUGGUCUAGUUUCCCAAUAUUGA